AUGGCAUCAAACAGCCUGUUCAGUUCAGUGACACCAUGUCAGCAGAACUUCUUUUGGGAUCCCAGCACCAGCCGGAGGUUCAGCCCCCCCUCCAGCAGCCUGCAGCCCGGCAAGAUGAGCGAAGUCAGCCCGGUCGUAGUAGCCCAACAGCAGCAGCAGCAGCAGCAGCAGCAAGAAGCGGCGGCCGCCGUGCCCAGGCUGCGCCCCCACGAUAACCGCACCAUGGUGGAGAUCAUCGCUGACCACCCCGCCGAGCUGGUCCGCACCGACAGCCCCAACUUCCUCUGCUCCGUGCUGCCCUCGCACUGGCGCUGCAACAAGACCCUCCCGGUGGCAUUCAAGGUGGUGGCCUUAGGAGAAGUGCCCGAUGGGACGGUGGUCACCGUCAUGGCUGGAAACGAUGAGAACUACUCUGCAGAGCUGCGAAACGCUUCUGCCGUGAUGAAGAACCAGGUGGCCAGAUUUAAUGACUUACGAUUUGUGGGCAGAAGUGGAAGAGGGAAGAGCUUUACUUUGACAAUAACUGUCCUGACAAAUCCCCCCCAAGUCGCUACAUACCACAGAGCUAUAAAGGUUACAGUGGAUGGGCCAAGGGAGCCAAGAAGGCACAGACAGAAGCUUGAUGACUCUAAACCUAGUUUGUUCUCUGAACGCCUCAGUGAUUUAGGGCGCAUUCCUCAUCCCAGUAUGAGAGUAGGGGUCCCGACCCAGAGCCCACGGCCCUCUCUGAACUCUGCACCAAGUCCUUUUAAUCCACAAGGACAGAGUCAGAUUACAGACCCCAGGCAGGCGCAGUCAUCUCCGCCAUGGUCCUAUGACCAGUCUUACCCAUCCUACUUGAGCCAGAUGACUUCACCGUCCAUUCACUCCACAACUCCCCUGUCCUCCACUCGAGGCACAGGACUUCCAGCCAUUACCGAUGUGCCCAGACGCCUCUCAGGUGCUUCAGAGCUGGGCCCAUUUUCAGAUCCCAGGCAGUUCACAAGCAUUUCAUCCCUCACUGAGAGCCGCUUCUCCAACCCACGAAUGCACUAUCCAGCCACCUUUACCUAUACACCGCCAGUCACCUCAGGCAUGUCACUGGGUAUGUCCGCAACCACUCACUACCACACCUACCUACCACCACCCUACCCCGGCUCUUCCCAAAACCAAAGUGGACCUUUCCAGACCAGCAGCACUCCAUAUCUCUACUAUGGCACUUCGUCAGGAUCAUACCAGUUCCCCAUGGUGCCGGGAGGGGACCGCUCCCCCUCCAGGAUGCUUCCUCCGUGCACCACCACGGCCAACGGCAGCACGCUGUUAAACCCUAACUUGCCCAACCAGAGUGACGGUGUGGAGGCGGAUGGCAGCCACAGCAGCUCCCCAACCGUCUUGAAUUCUAGUGGCAGAAUGGAUGAGUCCGUUUGGAGGCCGUACUGA